ACUUAACACAGUCGACAAACAGAUGGCGCGGUAUUUGACACAAACGGUGCUUGGUAAACAUCGAUCACGGCAUAUGAUUAAAUUGCUGCCGAAUAAAUGAGCAUCAAAUCAUGCCUACGUUGAGUAAGCAGAUAGCUCUACAAGAAACUGUCCAAAACGAAUUGAAACAAACUGUUCCCUCACAGCCUAUAUACGAACGUUUCGGCGGCAAUAUCUUUUUUCCUGUUUCUCGUACAAAUGCUUUAAUCCAGUGUGAAGAAAAACUUGUAAGGCUGCGUAAAAAUUCAUCUGAGUUAAAGACGGAUAAGGACUAAUGUAUGAUCAUUAUUAUUUAUCAGUCUUCUGAAAGAAUAAUAACACAAGAGCAUGUUACUUUUCUAAUUAUGAAAACGAAGCUUUAUAAUUAAAUGAAUCAUUUGUAUGUUC